AUGGAUGCCUACCUCAAAGUCGUUCUUGACUUGUACCAAAAGUUCGAGUUCUUUGAGCUCAUCAAGAUUCCAUGCAGCGACAAUGCUCCAGCCGAUGCACUCGCGACUCUCGCUCCUGCAUCAGAACCUAAUCUUCGCCGAGUACUACCUGUAGAGAGCAUUGAUCAACCAAGCAUCGAUGUCAAUUUGUUGCCUCCUGCUCCAGCUACAUUUCUUGAAGCAGCGCCCUCACCACACACAUCAGCAAGCUCAAGCAACAUCCUAGCAGUUUCCAGUGCAGCGCCCGCAGCACCAGCGGCCACCCCAGCCCCAGCCCCAGCAACAACAGCACCUGCUUUAACAGCUCCUGCUAAUCCCGCUAACAACGACUUGCAAGCUGAAAUCAUCCAAUACAUAGCUGACGGGAUAAGUCCAAAUGAUAAGUGGGAAACUAGACGAUUGCAUGCUAAGUGUGCACAAUACACAAUGUUGGACGGUAACCUGUUUCGUCGGGAUCCAAACGGCACUCUUCUCAUCUGUGUCGUCACAAAAGACGUCAACACAUCAUGCGGGAGGUCCACGAAGGCGCAGGCGGCAACCACUCAAGCGAACAUGCUCUAG